UUUUCAAAUAUUAUAAUGAUAUAUUACAUAUUGGCAAUACACUUUGCAUGAAAAUAACUCGGCUUUUGUCGUCCUGAUUUGUCACAGAGGAACUUGACGAUUCCUCAUUAAUAUCUUCUUUCGUCUUGUAAUUUGUUGAUAUAUAUUAAAAGAUAAAAUGUGGCUAUGGGACUAUUUCACUGGUGCACUAAAAUACCUUGGCUUAAUGGGAAAGUCUGGUAAACUUGUAUUUCUUGGUUUGGAUAAUGCUGGGAAAACAACACUACUGCACAUGUUAAAAGAUAAUAGAAUGGGUCAACAUGUUCCUACUUUGCAUCCAACUGCUGAAGAAUUAACUAUGGGAGGAAUGAAAUUUACAACAUUUGAUCUUGGUGGUCACAAACAAGCAAGAAGAGUUUGGAAGACAUAUUUUCCUGCUGUUGAUGGUAUUGUAUUUAUAAUUGAUGUUGCUGACACACAAAGGUUUCCUGAAUCAAAAGCAGAAUUUGAUAGUUUGAUUAGUGAUGAACAACUUGCUUCUGCCCCAAUUUUAAUUCUUGGAAAUAAAAUAGAUCAUCCAGAUGCUGUAAGUGAAGAUUAUGUACGGCAAUAUUUUGGUUUAUAUGGCAUCACAACCGGAAGGAAUUCUACAGCGAAAGAUGUCAAUUCUCGUCCAAUUGAACUAUUUAUGUCUUCUGUUUUAAAGAGACAAGGAUACGGCGAAGGAUUUCGUUGGCUAUCUGGUUUCAUAAACUAAUUGCAUAUCGCUUUAACGAAUGGUGCAUAACAACAUUCCCCGAAUUUGGAGUUGGCCAGGAUUGUGGUGGCAAAUAGAAUUCGAAUAGCUGUGUAAAGCUCUAUUGGAAGAUUCAUGUUAAAGUUCUGGAUUGUUUCAUAUUUUAGACUUUCAUAUUGUUAUUCUCAUAGAAAAUUAUAUAAUGGUUUUUUGAAAUUUUUGAAUUUUUUUUUUCUUUCAAAAUGCUCUUUAGUUGCAAUAAUUAUUGAGUAUUAGUUAUACUUUGUAAUUUGGAAAUAAUGGUCUUUUAAUGAUGCGUGAGUUGUGUAAGAUGCGAGAGUCUUGUAUUUUUUUAGUUUAAAUUGGUAAGUGUUGUUUAUUUGUAAUUUGUUAAGAAAUGUAACUUUAAUGUCUUUUUAGCUUUUGUUUAUAUUGAAUAAUAAAUGCAUUUGAUGUU